AUGGGGACGCUCGUGGCCAAGCUGCUCCUGCCCACCCUCAGCAGCCUGGCCCUGCUGCCCACCGUCAGCAUAGCCGCCAAGCGCCGCUUCCACAUGGAGGCCAUGGUCUACCUCUUCACCAUGUUCUUCCUGGCUCUGCACCACGCCUGCGCCGGGCCUGGCUUGUCCAUGCUGUGCUUCCUGCGCCAUGACAUCCUGGAAUACUUCAGCAUCUACGGCACGGUGCUCAGCAUGUGGGUGUCCCUCAUGGCGCUGGCCGACUUUGAUGAGCCCCAGAGGUCGACCCUAGUGAUGCUGGGCGUGCUGACCAUCGCUGUGAGGACCUACCACGACCGCCAGGGCUACGGCGUGUACUCGGGCCCCAUCGGCACCGCCGUGCUCAUCAUCGCGGCCAAGUGGCUGAGGAAGAUGAAGGAGAAGAGAGGCCUGUACCCCGACAGGAGCGUCUACGCCCAGCAAGUUGGUCCCGGCCUCUGCUUCGGGGCCCUGGCCCUCAUGCUCCGCUUCUUCUUCCAGGAGUGGGACUACACCUACGUCCACAGCUUCUACCACUGUGCCCUGGCCAUGGCCUUUGUCCUGCUGCUGCCCAAGGUCAACAAAAAGGCUGGCGACGCGGGGGCCCCAGCCAAGCUGGACCUCUCUACCCUCUGCUGCGCCUGUGUCUGAGGCACCCCGGCCGCCCCUCCCCACCCACUCCAUCCCCGGUGUC